ACUUAUCGUCGCUUUCUGAGUCCACAUGACCUGCUGGAUUUGCUCAUAAAACGCUUCAACAUGCCCCGACCAGACUUUGAGGGGGCUCUUCAGGCUAACAUAAAGUCCUGCAGGUCCUUCUCAGACGUCGCCUCCCUCAUUCCUCGCAUGGAGCUGCGCUUCCACUCUGCCUAUAAGCGCCGUAUACAGUAUCGGUACGUUUCAGUCAACCAGUGGACUUGCGGGCGUUUCAUGUUUGUGGAGAAUUAUGCUUGCAUUUAUUGCGUUGCCGUUCUCAUUUUGGAGUGA